GAAAGAAAGAAAAAGAGAUGGAAAAUAAUACUUUUUCUUCAAAAUCUAUUAAUUUGCUCAUAUUGCUUUUGCUGCUUUGUACCUUUCUCUGCCAAACCGAAUCUGCCCUUCCCUCUCACCAAGAACUUGUAAUCACUGGAAGGAGGAUGAUGAGUUAUUAUAAGCCUAAUACUGACAUAGGAACACCAUCAUCAACCAGUGACCGUGGUGGCGGUGGUAAUGGGAGAAGACUGAUGAGUCAAAUGGAUGUUGGAGCAUCAAGCAGUGGACAAGGUGGUGGUCGCAACCGCCACUAGAAUAGGUUUCGAGUACUGUAUUGAUGUUUAACUGUAUUGUAUAUGUAUUUAAUUUUCUAUUCCCUGCCAUCAUAAAUCAAGCUUUGGAAAAGUCUCAAACAUGUAUAAUGUCUUUCGUACACAAUGUUUUACGUUCUUUUUUUUUUGUUUUCAUUUCAAUAUAAUGAUAGAAGUUUUUUUUUUGUGUAGCAGAGAUAUGUAAAGAUAAUCAGAUUGAAACUAGCUAGAGAACCAAAAA